AUGUGGCCCCAUUGAUCACCAAGGUAAACAAUCUACCUGACAACCUUACACCUGUCUGAUCAGGUAAAUUGUUGAUGAACAUUGGAUUUACACUAAACACCUAUUGUUUAUAACAGAAAUGGCAGACUUUGAAACUAGUAAACUUUAUCAAGCCAUAAAGGAUAAAAAUAUCAACGAUGUGAAAGAACUAUUAAACAAGGGAGAGAACCCAUCAGUUAGAAAUACAGACGGAACAACCUAUCUCCAUGCAGCUGUCCAAUUAGGAGCUCCAGUUGAUAUUUUCAAACUUCUCUUAGAGAAAGUUGAUGUAUCAAUUCGAGGUAGUGAUGGACAGACAGCAGCAGAUCUUAUCUCUACAUGUAACUAUUCAGAUGAAGCUGAGACAGCCCUUAAUCUUCAUGUUAAGGAACUUAUCUUGAAAGGUGAUAUGGACCAACUGGAAAAGCUAUGUUUGUCUGGAUGGCAAGUCUGGCCUGUUACCAUUGAAGAGGCUAAAGCUGUGUCAGAAGAUUUAGAAGGUUUUAUGUCUAAAUUGUCAGAAUUUCAGGAAAAGAUAAAGCAAGUUCAUGAGGCUGUUGAACAGGAAAAAGUCAGAGAGCUCAAAAAUUUACUUGAUAGAAAGAAAUUACUAGAGGCUGCAGAUAAAACUGGAUUACCUCCCUUCCAGAAAGCUGUUGUUUUGACUCAAAUGGAUGUAGUACAUGAAAUGGUCAAAGAAUUCAAAGAUGCAAUUAACUUCCAAGAUGGGAUGGGAAGAACACCAUUCCAUUACGCAGGAGGGAAACAUGAUGGUGGACAUAUGUAUGAACUUCUAAAGGAGGCUGGAGGGGAUGAAACUAUCAAAGAUAUUAAUGGAUGCACACCAAAAGAUUACUAUGAUGAUCCAAUGAAAAUUGGUGUUGUAGCUUUGAAGGAGAAACUCAAAGAAUCAUUGGAUAGUGCUGUUGGUACAACAGAUGUUACUGAGGAAAAAGCAGAAACCUUGGAGAAAAGUUGUGGCAGCAAUAGAAAUUGUCGUCGUAUAUAUGUUUCUCAAGAUACCAAGCCACGUAAUGGUACCAAACCAACAACAAUUGAUGGAAAAUAUGUAGCUGAGCAUUUAGGAUCAGCAUUAACAUUUGCUUUGGCUGAGUUGGCUGAGAAACGACCAAAAGAUCCCAUUGAAUAUUUGUCAAAGUGGCUAUAUAAAUACAGAGAGAAUAUGGACCAUAACAUGCAGCAAGAAGCUCUGAUUGAGAAUUUAAAACAAGCAGAGGAAGAGAAAGUCUUGGAGGCAGAAAGGAAAGAAAGGAUAAAGACAGAACAGAAACAACUUGAAGAAGAAGAAAGACAAAGGAAAAUAAAGGAAGAGGAAGAGAAAAAGAAGAAGGAACAAGAGGAGCUCCAAAGAAAAGCUAAGGAAGCAGCUCUUGCUCAGCGACCCAAUCUUGAGACUGUGACAGAGGAAGGCGAGGAAGAAACUCCAAGUAAAGAAAAAGACAGUAAAGGACAGACAGAGUUACACAGAUUGGCAGCUCAGGAAGGUGCUGACAUGAGAACAUUGAUUAACAUGGGAUAUAGUAUUGCUGAACGUGAUGCUGAUCAAAAGACUGCUAGGGAUAUAGCUGAAGUGGCUGGAAUCACAGAUAAUGUACAGGCUAUAGAUAAUUAUGUUAGAGAUCUGUUAAAGGAAGAGAAUGUUGAUGAAUUAGAACAAUUAGUGUUAGAAGGAUAUGACAAACUGGAAUCUAUUCUGGAAUCAAUUACUGACCAAUCAGAGGACCUAAAACAAUUUACUUCUUCUCUACCAGACUAUAUGAAAAAAAUACAAGACGUUUUCACAGUUGUACAAAAGGGUGUUUUACGAGAUGUUCAACAAACCCUAGAACGUAAAAAAUUAGCUACAGCUAGGGACAACAUGGGUCGAUGUCCGUUACAUAUAGCAGUGCUGACAGAAAAUAAUGAUGUCGUAGAAUAUAUAGCAAAGUCUUUCCCUGCUACAGUCAAAUGUAAAGAUCAUAUGAACAGAACACCCUUACAUUAUGCUAUGGGAUUAAACAAUGAAGAUUUAGUAACAUUACUACUGGCCAAUGAUGCAGAUACAACAGUUAAAGAUGUGUUAAAAAGAACACCUUCCGAUUAUCGUGAGCAUUCUGAAGUAAUUAAGGAUAUGAAAGAUAAGUUGUCACCACCAUCAGUUCAACAGGAAUCUGAUGGAAAAGAGGAAACUCAGCAACAAGAACUCUCUACACAACAGGAAGUUCAGGGAGGGGAGACUACUCAACAAGAACAACAACCUACACAGCAAGCUGUUGAAUCAUAAAACUUCAAACACAAAACAUACUUACAACGAUAUUAUAAUUUGAACAUAACUUUGUCUAUUGCUUUGCAUUUAAUACAACUAAUUGUGUUCUUGCAUAAAGUAGAAGGGUAUAUUAUAGUGGGUCUCAUUGGGGUCUAAGCGUGACACAGGAUUGCCGAUUUUUUUGUGAGCGUGACACGUGAUAGUCAAAUUAUUGUGUCGUUAAAAUGGGAAAUGAGGUCUUGCGGGACCCGGGAAAUGACAAAAAAAAAAAGACUUGCUUACGUUUAUAGUGUAAGCGGGAUAUGAGAAAUCUGACAAAAUAGUAAGCGGAUCCGGGAUCGGAACCCCCAAUGAGACCCCCAUUAUAUUCAUUAAUACUAUAUUUAGGGUUGUCAUACACAACCAAGACAGAAGGGAUAUUGAUAAUUGUUUUAAGUUAGAACUUUUCUUAUCCUGAGAUAAAUGUGAUAGCUUACUUAACUGAAAUCUAUUCUUUAUUUUGAUGUUUGUUAUUAUUUUUAAAAGUAAUUUUCAUCUAGAGUUUUUACAUUUAUAUGUAUAUCAUAUUGAAUACAUGCAUGUCACAAAUGAUAACAUAUAUGUUUACACCUACAUUCAAUUAACUACAGCAAAGUCAAGUGCAAUGUUAACUUUAAUAUUUAAAUUAACUUCUAGUUUAAAAUUUCAUAUUUAAAUCUUAUCUUAACUACUGCAAUACUUUCAAAUGGUUCUAUUUGUUAUAUAUACUCUUUGUUACUUAUAUACAUUUUGUACCUGUUGUAGUUUCACUUUUAUAAAGCCUUUUAGGUUUUUCUUU